AUGACCUUGGUUUUCAUGAGUUCCGUAGAUGAGCAGAAAUUUCCAGACCGGGGUUUUGAAUCGCCAGAAUACGUUGAGGACGAUGAAUAUUCCGACUUUGUUCAGACUUAUGAGUCAGUACUUCAAAGAAGAGUUUCUCGUUGGGAAAAGUAUUUCUCUACCCUUCCACCCAAAAAGAGUGCAAGAUUUAAAAGGUUUUGUCGGAAGGGAAUACCGGAUCACAUUCGCCCAACAGUUUGGAUGCAUCUUUCUGGAGCUUAUGAACGAAUGGAAGCUAAUCCAGAUGCCUACCAAAUAGCUGUUUCCAAAGUACCCCCAACACAUAUUUGGAAUGUUAUCUUGGCUGAUGUUCCCCGUACCUUUCCAGAAAACAAACAUUUUCAAGAUCCAGAUGGCCCCAGUAGUAAGCUGGUAUCGUUAAAAAGAGUAUUGUCUGCCUUUGCAGUUCAUUUUCCAAAGAUCGGUUAUUGCCAAGGUAUGAAUUAUAUAGCAGCUGUACUCCUACUCGUUCUUGAUUGUCCACCAAAUGAGAGAGAAGUAAAAGCGUUUUGGUUGUUGGAUGCAUUGAUUAAUCACAUUUUACCAAAAUACUAUUCUUCUGAUAUGUUAGCUGUACGUGUUGACUGUAUGGUAUUCAAUCAGUUGUUGAAAGAUAAAAUUCCCACAGUUCAUAAAAUAAUCAUGAAUUCAGGUAUCACUUGUACAUUACUUGCAACAAAAUGGUUUAUAUGCUUAUUUGCUGAUGUAUUGCCAAUUGAGACAACAAUUCGUGUUUUCGACUGUUUAUUCUAUGAAGGGGAUAAAGUACUCUUUCGUGUAUGUCUAUCAUUGGUCAGAUUACAUUAUAAAGAUUUAAUUCAAUGCAAUGAAUUUCCUAUCCUGAUUACAGCAUUUCGUAACAUGUGCAAAGAUAAACAAACACUAUACUGUCACCAGUUUAUUGAAUCAAUGUUUCGUUCACAUGGUUCAUUGCCCAAAUCAAAAAUUGCUAAACUUCGUAGUCAAUUUACACAACAAAUAGAAAAUGAUACUGGUGAUCCAGAAUAA